GGAGGUUUGCACCCCGUCACGUGUUGAAUAAAUCAGAUCGUGGAGACGGACGUUCACUGCGCGACCCCCACAUCGUUUGGUCUCAGUUACCGAGCUGCAGCUGCGUGUCUGCCAGCAGACGCGCGCGCGCAGGGGGUGUAGAUGCAUUGAUAAGGUCCACUUAAAAGAAGGGAAGUUUUUCCACAAGUUUUUCAUCUUCAGUUUUUAGUAAACUCGCAAGGAAUAUAUCAAACUCAAAACAGAAGACAUUCUUUUGUUUUUUUAUUCCUAUCUGCGAUGGAUUGGAUGUAACUUUGCGCACAAUCUUUUUUGCAGUUAGUGAAGUUGUUUUGGAUAUUUUAGAAUCUGUUCAUCAUCAGAACAACGUCGGAGAGGAACAAAUGACUGUUUAAGACCAAGGAGCAGAGAUGAAAGCAGCUGUCAGAGGUUUUGGAAAGUCCACAAUGGAUCCUUUGCAACAUGAAGGCUGGUGCAGCAAAAGGAUUGUACUUAUGAUGUAUUUGGCCUUAGAGCUGAUCACAUGCCACUCAACUCUGAUUCUUGGUUCUCUUGAACUACAGCUUGAUGAGGAACAACCAGCUGGAACAAUUGUGGGGGACAUCAGUGCGGGACUUCCACCUGGCAUUACUGCUUCUUUGUACUUCAUUUCAGACCAUGAGGGCACAGGAGUGGGCAGUGAUUUAGACAUUGAUGAAAGUACGGGCAUUAUUAAAACGGCCAAAGUUCUGGACCGAGAGCUGAGGGACAGAUACAACUUCAUUGCAGUCACCAUGACAGGUGUAACGGUGGAGGUAACUAUCAAGGUCAAUGACAUAAACGACCAUGCCCCAAAAUUUCCAAGAAAAAGAGCAAAGUUUCAAAUUCCUGAGCAGACGGCGAUUGGCACAAGAUUUCCUCUUGAGCCAGCUGUUGAUAAGGAUAAGGGCCAGCUUACAACACAGGGCUACCUUAUCAAGGAUGGAAACACUGGCCAGGCAUUCACCUUGGAAACCAGGAGGGGAAGUAAUGAAGUUCUCUACUUGGACUUGGUAGUUAAUACCAUUCUAGAUCGAGAGAAAAGGUCAACCUAUACCUUAACUUUGGAAGCUUUUGAUGGUGGUUCCCCAAUAAGAACUGAUCAGAUGACGUUAGAUAUUACUGUACAAGAUAUUAAUGACAAUGCUCCAGUUUUCCAACAGAGCCGCUAUCACACUAUAAUAUCGGAGAACCUCCAGCCUGGUAACAGCAUCCUACAGGUGUUUGCCUCAGAUUCUGAUGAGGGACAAAAUGGAAUGGUGUCAUAUGAAAUCAAUCGAAGACAAAGUGACCCAGACCAGUAUUUUGUCAUAGACUCUCACUCUGGCGUUAUCACCUUGAACAAACCUCUGGACUUUGAGAUGAGGAGAGUCCAUGAGCUGGUGAUCCAAGCUCAGGACAACGCAACACAGCCAGAAGUGAGCAACGCCUUUGUCACAGUCCACGUAAGAGACUACAAUGACAACCAGCCUACAAUGACUAUCAUCUUUCUGAGUGAAGAUGGAUCUCCCAGAAUUUCAGAAGGAGCACAGCCAGGCCAGUAUGUUGCCCGAAUCUCUGUCACUGACCCAGACUAUGGAGAGUAUGCCAAUGUCAACGUUUCCCUUGAAGGCGGGGAUGGAAAGUUCGCUCUUACCACCAAAGAUAGCAUUAUUUACCUUGUUUGUGUAGACCAGAUUCUGGACCGGGAGGAGAGAGACACGUAUGAGCUGAGGGUGAUGGCUACAGACUCCGGGUCACCUCCUCUCAGAGCAGAGUCCUCCUUUAUCAUUGAAGUGACUGACGUCAAUGACAAUCCCCCUCUGUUUGACCAGCCAGUGUACAGACAGGCCAUCCCUGAAGUGGUCUUCCCAGGGAGCUUUGUGUUACAGGUAACCGCCAGAGAUAAAGACCAGGGGCCCAACGGGGACAUUAGUUACAGCAUCCUGAAAGACCAAAGUGUCUACCACAGCUGGUUCAGCAUAGAUUCUGUAACAGGCAUUAUCACUACUUCAUCCCAGCUGGAUUAUGAAAAAAAUCCCAAUCCAAGUAUAACCGUGGUGGCCAGUGAUGGUGGAAACCCACCCCUUUCUUCCACUGCAGUGGUGAACAUCUUACUUCAGGAUAUUAAUGACAAUGAGCCCGUAUUUGAGAGAAACUUCUACAACGUGUCUAUCAAGGAGAACACAGCACCUGGAACCUGCAUUCUUGAGGUGACUGCGGUGGAUGCAGACGGGGGCACCUUUGGGUCGGUAACAUACUCCCUUGCCUCUGGCAGUAACAUUGCCAUUUCCUCUCAGUUCACUAUUGGCAAAGAAACUGGCCAGAUCUGCACUAAUGCCGUCCUAGACAGGGAUCAAGGGCCAGACAGUUUCGACUUUACUGUUAUGGCGGUGGAUGGGGGUGGAUUAAGCUCUGAAGCCUAUGUGAGGGUAGAUCUGGAGGACAUAAACGAUAAUCGACCCGCCUUCUACCCACUCGGCUAUGCUGUUAACUUGAGCACACAGAGCGCCCCAGGGACGUAUGUCGCCAAAGUGAUGGCCUAUGACCCUGACCUAGGGGAGAAUGGUAGAAUCACAUAUAAAACAGUGCCUGGAGGAGACUCCCCGUAUUUUACUCUCAAUAAAGACACAGGCGUCAUCUCUCUGUCUCGGUCAAUCUAUGGUAAAGCCAACUCGGUCAUUCCCAUUGUCGUGUCUGCUCAAGAUGGCGGCGGUCUGUUUGCCUUAGUCAAUGCAAAGGUUAACAUAAGCAUAGUAGCAGGGCUGGUUGCACCACCUGUCUUUGAGCAAACUCAAUACCACUUCACUGUAUCAGAAGAUGCCCUGCGGGGGACAAUGGUAGGCACCGUUCAGGCAAGCAGUAAAACAGGCAUUUCCAGAGACAUUUCUUAUGCAAUCAGCUCUGGGGACCCCACUGGGUAUUUCACUGUCGACCCUGACACUGGAGCUUUAAGGACCAGUCUGCCCCUUGAUCAUGAAUCUCAAGCGUCUCUUAAUCUGGACCUACAAGCUCGAAGUGGCAGUCCCCCGGUUUUCGGCCAAACCCGAGUCCACAUCAAUAUUGCAGACGUCAAUGACAACCCGCCUGUAUUUUUGCCCUCAUCAUCAGAGUCCCUGCUGCUUCCAGAGCACACGGAAAUGGGUACAGUCGUGUAUCGUGUUCAAGCUGAAGAUAAAGAUUCUGGAGUCAACGAGGAACUAAGUUUUGAUCUUUCCUUUCCAAUCGGACUCCAGAAGGUCUUCAGCAUAGACCGUAAUAGUGGAGAAAUUCGAUUGGUGGGGAGCCUGUGCUACGAAACUACCCCACGUUAUGACCUUCAGGUGAUCGCAAAGGACAGCGGAGUACCACAGCUGAGUUCCACUCUCAUGCUGGUGGUUCACAUCCAAGCAGAAAACAACCAAGGACCAGUUUUUGAUACCUUAAAUUACUGCGUAGACCUAAAAGAAGGAACACCAAUGAACACACGCUUCCUGCAAGUGAGAGCGUUAAGCAGGGACAUUCCAGGCUCAGGUCUCCUGAUUCCUCUGACAUAUCACCUGCGUCCAGAUGGAGAUGCUGGAGCAUUUGGAAUUGCAUCUGACAGUGGCUGGCUGUUUGUAAAGAGCACCCUGGACAGAGAAGUGAAGGACAUGUAUUUGCUAACAGUGCUGGCCAGUGUAGGUCAUGGACAUUUAAGGAAGACAGGCAGUGCCACAGUGCGGAUAUCGGUGACUGAUGAGAACGACAACUCACCUCGUUUCACGCAGGAGAGGAUUUUCAUGGCUGUCAGAGAGAACCUACCGGCAGGCACAGGAUUUGGCCACGUCCUGGCCAAAGACAGAGACAGUGGUCCUAACGGACGCCUCAGUUACUCCUUCCUUCAUCCCAACCGCCACUUCCAGAUAAACACCCACACAGGUGAAAUCAGCACAAGGAUGACUCUUGACAGAGAGCAACAGUCAAGCCACCAGCUGGCGGUGGUUGUACACGACGGAGGUUCACCCUCUCGUACUGCGACAGGGACGGUCUUCAUUACUGUCCUAGAUGACAACGACAAUGACCCCACUUUCAUUCACGGCCAACCAGGGAAAUCCAUCAUUAUACAGGUAACAGAAGGUCAGUCUCCUGGGGUUUUGUUAGGCACACUCCAAGCUAAAGACCCUGAUGAAGGAGAGAAUGGCACUGUCUUCUACUCUUUGUCAGGUCCCAGAGCAGAGCGUUUCUCUUUAAAUGCAAUCAACGGUGAGCUGCGUUCAUCAUCCCCCUUUAGCUACUCGGAAAGAGCUGAAUACUCUCUGAUGGUGACAGCUACUGACAGAGGACUGCCCCCUCGCAGCGCCUCCUGCUCCCUCGCCAUUCAGGUUCUUAGCAUCAACAGACCUCAAACACAGACCAAGUUUCAUUCAAUAUCUUUCAACUCUGUGGAGGACACAAGUCCAGGCUCUAUUAUUGGCUCUGUUUGCCUUCAUGACAGAGGAGGCUUGGAGGAGGGCAAGGUGACCUACACAGUCGUGGGAGGUACAGACAGAGAUGGGACUUUUGUUUUGGACCGUCUAACUGGUGAUGUCUACUUAGCUCAUCCUCUCGACUAUGAGCAGGAGGUUCGCUACAACCUUGAAAUUGAGGUGGAUGACUUUUCCCUGGUCCCUCCCAGAAGUAGCUUGGUCCACUUGGACAUUAUCAUUGAGGACAACAAUGACCACACUCCUGAGUUUGCAGAGGAUCCUAUCACCAUUGUGAUAUCUGAGAACAUGGACCCUGGGUCCUCCGUUUAUACUUUCCAGGCUACAGACAGAGAUGGCAGCGGGGCAAAUAGUGCAAUAAAAUAUUCUAUUCUCCACCAAUCUCCAAGCACCCCUGGCCUUUUGACCCUUGACCCUGUCACUGGUAUUCUUUCUUUGGGUCAUAAGCUGGACUAUGAAACCACUUCCACAUUGAUUCUGGUUGUAAAGGCAACCGACUCUGCUGUUGAUGUGAGCCAGAGGCGCUGGAGUUCUGUGACAGCCAGCGUGUAUGUAACCGACGAAAACGACAACCUGCCGGUCUUCAUGUCCCCCACAGCCGUUAGUGUGAUGGAGGACCAGACAAUGGGCUUUGUGGUGCUUUUCGUCAUUGCCAGAGAUGCAGACCAAGGGGAGAAUGGAAGAGUGACGUACAGAAUCCAGUCAGGCAACACAAGAGGGACAUUCAGCCUCAACUCUAAUACAGGCUCCCUUUCCAUUUCCAAGCCUCUGGACCGUGAGGAGCAGGAUGUCUUCAACCUCACCAUAGUCGCUGAGGAUCAUGGGAUACCCCAACACUCGUCCAGUCAACUGCUGCGCAUCCACGUGAUUGAUGUAAAUGAUGAGACCCCAUUGUUUGAAGAGGCCCAGUACGAAGCCCAAAUCUCUGAGAAUCAGCCUGCAGGAACAACUGUGUUGACGGUGUCUGCCUCGGACUCGGAUCAAGGAAUAAAUGGGCAAAUAACAUAUGGUGGUAUUUCACAUGGAGCUUUCAGCAUCAACUCAGUCACUGGUGUCAUAACGACAACCAAAUCUUUGGACAGAGAGUCUCAGGACUGCUAUACUGUGACAGUAUAUGCAAAAGAUGGAGGCCUCCCACCAAACUAUGCUAAAGCGACUGUAAAGAUCAAGGUGGUGGAUGUGAACGACAAUGCCCCCAUCUUUGGUCGUCUCUACUACAAUGUUGAGGUCCCUGAAAACCAAGAAGCUCUACCUCUGUUCACCCUCAGAGCCACAGAUCCGGAUGCAGGGAGCAGUGGGGAAAUAAACUACCGAAUUGCUGCUGGAGAUCCAUCUGGAGAUUUCCACCUUGACAGACACUCAGGUGUUCUGUCCACUUCAAGGCCUCUGGACCGUGAGAAGACAGCUGGAUACUCUCUUACGAUCGUGGCGCAGGACCAAGGUCGCCCUUCCCUGAGCAGCACCUCCACUGUAAAGGUUGCAGUGUUGGACAUCAAUGACAACAGCCCACAGUUUCAGAGCAAUAGCUACACCGCAGAUAUUUCCGAAGGUGUUCCCAUUGGUUCUUUGGUUUUAGAGGUGAAAGCCAGAGAUGCAGACUUCGGUCCCAACAGCCAGGUGAUGUACUUUCUGAGCCGAGGCUCCAAGAGCAUGUUUGUCAUUGAUGAGAACACAGGCCGCAUUAUCACAGCAGCACCUCUAGACAGAGAGAGGACAGCCUCCUACACCUUUGAGGUGUGUGCUACGGACUCCUCCCCUGCAGACCCACGCAACUCCACCGCUCAAGUGACCAUCUACAUUCAGGAUGUGAAUGACAAUGCCCCCUUCUUCAUUCAAGACCCACUUAUUGUGAACAUCUCUGUGAGCAACCUGUCUACUCGUCGAGUGUUGGCCACAAUGAAGGCGGAGGACAAAGACUUUGGGGCAAACGGAUCAGUUUUUUAUCGUUUUGCCAUCCCUGUUAGGGGUUUCACCAUCAACUCUUUAACAGGAGACAUACAGGCCACAGAAAAGCCUCAGACCUUGACCCAAAGCCAAAGGACUUUGAUAGUUCAGGCUAUGGACCAAGGAAAACCAGCUCAGUCUUCUUUGGGAGUAGUUAUCAUUUAUAUCAGGGAGCAGAGUUACCAGGGGAUUCGCUUCUCCCGUGUGGCCAGAGAUGUCAGUCUUCAAGAAAAUGCUGUAAAAGGCACAGUAGUAACAAAAAUUCAAGCCCAGUAUCCUGAUGGCUCCAAAACUGGAAUCAGCCACAGCAUCUUCAGUGGAAACAGAAUGGAUGCUUUUGGAAUAAACCCUGUCACUGGUGAAAUAUGGGUCCAGAAAUCUGAGGGGCUUGACUUUGAAGAGACCCCCAGACUCCGCCUAGUGGUGAAAGCUGAGACUGCGUCCUCCAGCUCCUACAUGGCUGUCAACCUAAUUCUGCAGGACGUUAAUGACAACUUGCCACGUUUCCAGCUCCAGAACUAUGUGGCGUUCAUUAGAGAGGCUCAAAGUCAUGAUUUCCCCAUCAUUCAGAUUGCGGCAAAUGACCUGGACCAGGGUCAAAAUGGUCAGGUGACUUACUCCAUCAGGUCAUCAUCUCAGAGCAACUUAUUUAAAAUAGAUCCGCUGACUGGCAGCAUCUCCACAGCAGCUAUAAUGGACAGAGAGAUCUGGACCCAAACAAAGCUUGUUGUUACGGCAACAGACAGAGGGACCCCGCGGCUCGCUGGCUCUGCUACUCUCACUGUGAUCAUCGUGGAUCUCAAUGACAACCGUCCCAUGAUUCCUCUGCCUCGGGAGAUCAGAGUUCCUGAGGAUACUCUGCUUGGCACAGUCAUCACCCAAGUAACCGGAAAUGAUGUGGACUCGGGACCUCCUCUUUCCUACACACUACACCUGGAUGGAAGCAGCCAGGACAUGUUUGGGAUCCACCACUUUGGAGGAGGGGUGUCUUUAACGGGACAAUUGGACUACGAAGAAAGAACGUGGUACACUCUGACGGUCCGCACGUCCGACUCUACACAUCAAAGUGAAGCAAACCUCACUGUGCUGGUGGAUGAUGUCAAUGAUAACGCCCCCUCCUUCACUCAUGAUUUAUACCAGGUUACCGUAGUAGAGCAUCUUCCGGCAGGGAGUGCAAUCAUCACUGUUACAGCCACUGACCGAGACUCUGGCAACAAUGGAAAGAUAACAUACAGAGUGAUGUCAACGACCAAAGGCAUUUUCUACAUUGAUCCUAGCAACGGCACCCUCUUUACAGGGCAAAAUACAGAAUUUGAUUAUGAGCAUCCCUCCAUACUGGUGGUUGUUGAGGCACAGGACCAGGGUUUUCCACCUCUGUCGUCUACUACCACAGUCCAGAUUCAAGUGUCCGAUGUCAACGACAAUGCCCCAAUCUUUAAGCAGUCAAAGUACACUGCCACAGUGUCUGAAGACGGCCUUCUCGGAUCCACUGUUCUGACCUUAGACCCAGUAGAUGGAGACCUGUUUAGGGACAACUGCGGUUUUGAUUUUGCCAUUGCAAGUGGAAACCUUGGUAAUGCAUUCCAGAUUGAGAGCAGCGUGCACUUCCUAGAGGGACGUGGCUUCCAGACAGUUGGCAGCCUGAUCCUCGUGGAGAAGCUGGACUUUGAAGCACUGCCAAGUUAUAACCUUACCGUUGUGGUGUCUGAUCGUGGAAUCCCUCAGCACAGUUCCAGCGUGUCUGUCCUAAUAAGUGUUAAAGAUGCCAAUGAUAACCCUCCAGCUUUCAGCCGCACCGAUUACACUGUUGUGCUGAGUGAGGGCACUGCAGCUGGGACAGAGAUCUUGCAUUUAUCUGCCAGUGAUCCAGACUCUGCACCCAAUGGAGAGGUGCAAUACUUUAUAAGCUCAGGAGACGAGACACAUCUUUUCCAGAUGGACAGUUGGACUGGAGCAUUGAGGUUGCAAAGACCUUUAGACAGCAAGACACAGCUGUCCCACACCAUUGUUGUCCAGGCUGUUGAUGGACAGGGACAUUAUGCUUUGGCCCCAGUCCAUAUUGAAGUGAAGGAUAUCAAUGACCACAAGCCCUUCUUUCCUCUUCAGCACAUUACUGCAAGCAUCAAGGAGAACCAGCCCGAAAAUUCUUUAGUUACCAUCCUUCAUGCUAUUGACCAGGACAGAGGUGCUUUUGGGAUGCUGACAUAUCACAUGUUAGAUUCCCCUAAAGAAGGGGUAGAGGGCAUUCUCAUUAAUCAAACAUCAGGAGAGGUACGGACUCGAUCUGCAUUUGACUUCGAGAAGAAGAACUCCUUCCAUUUUGUGGCCAUAGCUGUGGACCCUGGCAACUAUUCUGCAACUGUGACAGUCCAGGUUUACAUUACAGGAGAAGAUGAAUACGAUCCAGUCUUCACUUCCUCUGAGUUGUUGUUUGAAGUCCCAGAAGGAGCUAAAAAAGGUCAGGUCAUUGGAACAGUUCAAGCCAGAGAUGAGGAUGAAGGGGUCGAUGGCAUUGUCCUGUAUUCAUUAUCAGAAUCUUCGCCUUACUUUGAAGUCAAUAGCUCAACUGGAACAAUCUCCUUAAAGACGGACAGCAACACCAGACACGUGAGUCGCUCCAAAAGGGAGGCACGUCUUAUGACACUGGAUGUGACCGCUCACAGCCCUCUGCGGACUUCUCGCACAGCGGUGGCCAAAGUCACUAUAGAUGUUAGUCAUACCACAUUUGGUUUCAGCACAGACAUGAACAUGCUGCUCGUCAGUGUCAUUGCGGUUUCUCUUGGGACCAUAAUUAUGCUAAUACUAACUGCUGUGGUACUGUUUUUUGUUAAACUAAGGCGCCAUAAAAGAGAGCAAAACACACAUAAACAAACCUCAAAGCCUGGCACCCUGCUGCAUAAUCUUGAGGAGACCAAACUGGCAGCAAAUGAAAUGAUUUACCAUCAGGCUCUUCCUGGAUAUGCAGCUGAUCAGACCAGCAGUAGCGGAGGUCCGUACACUCGUGGGGGAUCCCUUGACCCUUCCCACUCCAGUGGCCGUGGCUCUGCAGAGGCCGCAGAGGAUGACGAGAUCAGGAUGAUUAAUGAAUAUCCCAGAGUGUCGAGUAUCUCCUCCUCCAUGCAGGAGCGCAUUUCUGCCAGAGGUCCAGACUCUGGAAUCCAGCAAGAUUCUGAUCAGCUAUCAGAUGUAUCCUGUGAGCCCCCCAUGGAUUGGUUCAAAGGUAAAAAAUCAGGUGGUCUGAAUGGGAGUUUAUUAUCUGGUCAGGUGCCGGUUUACAGGGAUGAAGGAGGUGGGUAUGUGGGUGUGGGUAGAGGACUCAGCAUCUCCCACUCCAAGAACUAUGCUUUCCCUGAGGAUGGGAAGCCCGCUGUGGAUGGCUGCCUCACAGCCAUCGUGGCCAGUGAUGAGGAGCUAAGGGGCAGCUAUAACUGGGACUAUCUGCUCAACUGGUGCCCCCAGUUCCAACCCUUAGCUAAUGUUUUUACUGAAAUAGCCCAUUUAAAGGAUGAAACCGCUCCUCAUCCUCGCAGACCUUUUCAUCAAAAAGCAAAAGGAGAGUCGAGGAUCGAUCCGCCUCCUCUCAUAACAUCUGUGGCCCAUCCUGGGGCUAAAACUGUACCUCCAAAACCUGCCAAAUCCAGGACUUUUUCACAUUUGGCCUCGUUACGAAGAUCUCCAAUCAGCGUUGAGGGAUCCAUCUCCUCCAUUGCGAUGUCUCCUAGUUUCUCCCCUUCUCUUUCACCUUUGGCGGCACGUUCCCCUGCAGUUACACCUUUCAAUGUUUCCCAGGGUCCCUCUGCCUGCAUGAUAAGCACAAGUGAACACAACUUGGAAAACAGUGAGGAGGCAGAGUUGAGGAUUUGAACUCAUACCAGUGGAAAAAAAUGAAGUCACUGCUGUCUCAUACCUGCUCUACUGUAUGACCACAGGGUCUAACUUGAAUUGACUGUUUCUCAAGAGAUCAAGCACACACUGUUACACUAGGGAAUCAAUUAAGCUGUGGUACUUUUUGAUGAAAACCUUCAUAAAUAUAGGCAAAAAAUAUGGACUAUGCCUUUAUUUGUGAGCAAAACCUUUCGCUAAUGUACAUUGGUGUUCAUUUGCACAUUCAUGUUGACUGUGUCAAAUUUUUGUACAAAACUAUCAUUUAUUUUUUUACGCUUUCAUGUGGUUUCUGACAAAAACUUUUCAUCUAAGUGUUAAAGAGUUGCAAGAACCACAGAGUAUAUUUCUAUAUCUGUAUAUUUGUAGCUUGUACUGUAUACUUUGUACUGUAAGUUUGUGGUAUCUCUUGUACUCCUAACUUUGUGGUCUAAAACAGAAACUCCUCAUGAAGAUUUUAUGAAUUUUCAUCAUUUUUUUAUAGAAAAUAAGUGUAUAUAUUUCCAGAAGAGAAAUCAGUGCAAAUCAAAAACUGCAUCGGAAUGUUGUGUGAUAUUUCUUUCUAAUUUAAGUGUUGAGCUGAAUGUGAAAAGCUAGGAGUUCUCGUUCUCGCCUGCAUCGUUUGAAAUGGUGCCAUGGAAAAAAAACAGACCUGAACCCCCGCUGAUCCUGUGCACCCAGCCAGCUUGGCUUUAACAUUUCACAACAAGCCUUACAGCUUUUUAUGUUGCAAGUUGAGGAACACGCAAUAGCUAAUAUAACCCCUUUUUUUUUGUUUUUGUUGCACACCCCACACAUUGAUUUUAUUAUUUUUAUUCACUCGUUUGUACUAAAAUUUGCAGGAGGCUUAAAAAUCCUAAUUCAGAUAGCUUUAGUGUUUUGUACUUAUGAGCAUAACUUGAUGAUGUCACUUUAGGUCUACAAUUCUACUUUUACUGAAAUUAUACUAAGCAUAUUUAGCUUAAAAGAGACAUUCUUCUUAAUGUUAAAUGCCAUUAUUGGGGAAUGUUUUGUGAUUUUACAGAGAUGCCUACAUCCAUAAGUGUUCAUGAUUAUAAAUGUGUGGGUUUUCUUGCAGCCUUUACAAAACAUAUUACAUCACCCAGUGCCCUUUUUAACACUUGGCAUUUCCAUGAAGACAUUUUUUAGAAGCAGAAAGGUAAAGGGUGUUUAUAUAGACCAUAGCAAAGCAUAUAUGAUUAUCUGUUCAAUAAAAUUAGUAUCUUCUUGCUUUUGUUGAUUUCUAUUCAACAGGUGUCUAAAAAAUGAGCUGCCACUUGCCUUUUCAAGCUCGUCAAUGCUGCAGAUAAUCUGCAGAUGAUCCCGCAUAUCAUUAAACCUUUGUCCAGAAAAAUGUUUUGAGAAAAAAGUGCCUGAUUAAAGUGCUUAUGAUCACA